ACCACCACACACCAUGUCGCUGCCCCUCUCCGGCGUGCGCGUCCUCGAGUUUGCCGGCCUUGCGCCCGGCCCCAUGGUCGGCCUCGUGCUCGCCGACUUUGGCGCCGACGUCGUGCGUGUCGACCGCGUCGGCGGCGCCCUCAACGCCGACACGCUGGCGCGCGGCAAGCGCAGCGUCGCGCUCGACCCCAAACACCCGGUGGGCAAGCUGGCACUGCGCACGCUCGCCAGCCGCGCAGACGUCGUCAUCGACCCCUUCCGCCCCGGCGUGCUCGAGCGGCUGGGGCUCGGCCCCGCGGCCGUGCAGGCGGGCGGCGACGGCGUGCGUGCCAACGAGGGCGUCGUCUUCGCGCGCCUCACCGGCUUCCAGCGCGAGGGCCCGUACGCAAACAUGGCCGGCCACGACAUCAACUAUGUUGCCCUCUCUGGCCUGCUCUCUAUGCUCGGCACGCGCCGUGGCGGCCCGCCCGAGCCGCCGUCGAACCUGCUGGGCGACUUCGCCGGCGGCUCGUUCAUCUGCCUGCUCGGCAUCCUGCUGGCGCUGUUCGAGCGCUCGCGCUCCGGCAAGGGCCAGGUCGUCGAGGCCGACAUGGUCACGGGCGCGCGCUACCUCGCUACCUUCUCGCUACUCGGCAGCUAUCUUGAGCACCCGCAGUGGGGCAGCAUCAUCGGCAGCGGCACAAACGAGAGCCGCGGCGAGGGCGCGCUGGCGGGCGGCGCGCCGUGGUACGGCGUGUACGAGACGCAGGACGGCGGCUGGAUGAGCGUCGGCGCCAUCGAGGCGCCCUUCUACAGGCAGUGCCUCCAGAUCCUAGCGGCGGCGGCACCAGACGCACCAUCCGGCACCUCGGCGCCCGCGCCUGCUACACAGAACGACCGCAGCACGUGGCCGCAGCUGCGCGCCUACUUCGACGCCGUCUUCCGCACCCGGACACGCGACGACUGGACGCAGCGCUUCACGGGCACGGACGCAUGCGUCGUGCCGGUGCUGACGCGCGACGAGGCGGCGCAGGCCGUGCUGCCGGCUGCGGGCAGCGAGCACGCCGAGGGCGUCGUCGUGCCGGCACCGGCGCCGCGCCUCAGCCGCACACCGGCACCGCGGCCUGCGGGUGCGUCGGGCGCCGAGGACACCGAUCCGCACAUGCUCCUCGGCGCCGGCGAGCACACACUCGAGGUGCUGCGCGACGCCGCCUGGGCCGGCCUGCCCGACCGCGAGCUCGUGCGCCUGUGGCAGAGCGGCGCAGCCGACGGCAGCGACGCGCCCGACGGCGUCGACGAUGCGAAGCUGUAGAGAGGCUGUGCAUCCGCGACGAGCUCGACAAACUCCAGGACCCCGACCUUCUCGCACAGACUCCGCCGAGGAAGCCUGGUCAUAUCGCUAGCGCGCUCAGCUCAGAGCAAUAACAUGAGUAAAUGGU